UGUGCUUUCAGUUAAAAGGUUUCUGUUGUUGUAGCUUAUGCAGUUGCUCUGUUGCUAUGGAAACGUGACAUCAAAAUGACGUUUCCCGUUUAAAAGCUUUUAACUAAAUUCCUGCCUGUCAGACGUAGGCCCCAUUUUGAGCGUGGAGCUGCCUUCGAGCGAGCGAGCGGCGCCUCCGCCCAUGGUGCGUGGGGCCGGGCCGGGGGCCUCGCUGAGCGCGCUCUCCAACCCCGCAGGCGCCUCCAGCAUGGCAGCGGCCGAGGUGCCCGGCUACCUCGUGUCUCCCCAGGCGGAGAAGCACCGGCGGGCCCGCAACUGGACGGACGCGGAGAUGCGCGGCCUCAUGCUGGUCUGGGAGGAGUUCUUCGACGAGCUCAAGCAGACCAAGCGCAACGCCAAGGUCUACGAGAAGAUGGCCAGCAAGCUCUUCGAGAUGACGGGCGAGCGCCGGCUGGGCGAGGAGAUCAAGAUCAAGAUCACCAACAUGACCUUCCAGUACAGGAAAUUAAAAUGCAUGACAGAUAGCGAGUCCGCCCCGCCCGACUGGCCCUAUUACCUAGCCAUUGACGGGAUCCUGGCCAAGGUCCCCGAGUCCUGUGAUGGCAAACUGCCGGACAGCCAGCCGCCGGGGCCCUCCACGUCCCAGACCGAGGCGUCCCUGUCGCCGCCCGCUAAGUCUGCCCCUCUGUACUUCCCGUAUAACCAGUGCUCCUACGAAGGCCGCUUUGAGGACGAUCGCUCCGACAGCUCUUCCAGCUUACUGUCCCUUAAGUUCAGGUCAGAGGAGAGGCCAGUGAAGAAGCGCAAGGUGCAGAGCUGCCACCUGCAGAAGAAGCAGCUGCGGCUGCUGGAGGCGAUGGUGGAGGAGCAGCGCCGGCUGAGCCGCGCCGUGGAGGAGACCUGCCGUGAGGUGCGCCGCGUGCUGGACCAGCAGCACAUCCUGCAGGUGCAGAGCCUACAGCUGCAGGAGCGCAUGAUGAGUCUGCUGGAGAGGAUCAUCGCCAAGUCCAGCGUCUAGGCCAGCGGGCGGCGGUGGGGCCAGGCAGGGCCGGGCAGCUGGUGGUGCUGAUGGGGCCACCCAGGCUGGGCCACUCAGGCCAGGUGGGCACGGGAGCUGUGCUGUGAACGGGGACCGCCUUCCAUCUGGCCUCUGGCAGGAUCCCUUCUGAGGGGUGUUUUGAGGACCCUCCAGGCCCUGGGGACCAUGAGGCUCCAGUCUUCAGCAUGAAUGCCCUUCCUCGGACACAGGCUGGGGCCUCCGGGACUCACUCCGAGUAAGGACGUCCGAGAUCCACUCUCCAGUGUCGUUACUAUCAAUGACAUUUGAAGUGGCUUUGAUAGGAAGUGUAUACUUUUUCAUUCUUGCCUGGAAAGCACAGUUUGCUUUUGCUGGCUUGGUGAGGAUGUCCCGAUGGAUGGAUCCCCAAAAUGAAAGCAGAUGGAAACGGGCCGGGGCAGGCUGGAGCUGGGGUGAGCUCCCUCCCGAAGGGAGCCCUGUGUCCUCCUUCACCAGGACCUCUGCCUCUGUCCUUAAGUGGCCUCCGACGCCUGUUGGAAACCCCAGGGGGACUCCCGGGAGGCUUUUGAUUCAUCUGUUCAGAACAUCAGGUGUUUCCACUCCUCCUUAGCAAUGACACCAAUAAAAGUCGUACCUGCUCGCGUGCCCAGCCCUGUGGAAUGUUCUAGGCCCUGGAGACGUCAUGGUGGAUGACACAAAGGCCGGCCUCAUGGAGCUGACGCUUCCCAUGGUGGGAAGACAAAUGAGUCAGUAGAGAAAUGGUUGCAGGUUGUGAUAAGUGCCGAAAGGGAGGGGAUUGGUCUGAGGACACGGAGCCAGACACACACACACAGAGCUGGGAACAGCAGCCACACAGGGAAUCGCCAGUGCGAAGGCCCAGAGGCAGAGGACACCGGAGCAAGCCCCGGGCGCAGCAGCAGGCCGGUCGCCAGCAGCCAGGCCACAGAGGGCCAAGCAGCCGCUGGGAGGAGUGUUCCUGCUUCUCAGGCUUAUUGUGAGUGUUAUUGCAGCUCUGGAUAUGACAUCCAUGGGGGAGAGGUGGGUGGUGGAGCGGCCACAGCUACAAGCUCACCUCACUGCAGCCCUUCCACCAGGUGCAAACUCUUUCCAGAAGCUCCAGAGUUACAGAAGCUGAAUUCUCUAUAAGCCUCGUUGGCUGGGACUUGGCGUUUGGUUGUCCUGGCUGCUAAGGAGGCUGGGGCCAGGUGUGUGUGAGUCAUCUCCUGGAAUUAGGAGAGUUGCUGCCCACAGAAGGUUCUGUGGCAGGUGGGUCAGCAGGUGGGCAGCAUGGUUUGACUCAGGGUUCAGAAAUCUCCCUCUGGCUACAGGGUGAGCAGGCCAUGGAGACAGGCAUGGAGGCAGGUGUGGAGGCAGACCACGGAGGCAGGUGUAGAGGCAGGCCAUGGAGGCAGGUGUGGAGGCAGACCACAAGGCAGGUGUGGAGGCAGGCCACGGAGACAGGCGUGGAGGCAGGCCACAGAGACAGGCGAGGCAGGCCACAGAGACAGGCAGGAGGCAGGUGUGGAGGCAGGCGUGGAGGCAGGUGUGGAGGCAGGUGUGGAGGCAGGCCAUGAGGCAGGCGUGGAGGCAGGCCACGGAGACAGGCGUGGAGGCAGGCCACGGAGGCAGGCAGGAGGCAGGCCACGGAGGCAGGCGUGGAGGCAGGCCACGGAGGUAGGCGUGGAGGCAGGCCAUGGAGGCAGGCGUGGAGGCAGGCCAUGAAGACAGGCGUGGAGGCAGGCAUGGAAGCAGGCCACGGAGGCAGGCGUGGAGGCAGGCCACGGAGACAGGCAGGAGGCAGGUGUGGAGGCAGGCCACGGAGGCAGGCAUGGAGGCAGCCAUCCUGCCAGGUAGUGCUGUGGUCAUCCCACGAGAGGCAGCAGCAGCUCACCCAACCCUCUCAGGGGUCUGGAGGUCAGCCAGGCACGGGAGCAGCUUGGGCUCCACUAUGUGUGGGACCAGCCUGUGGACCAUGUGGUGUGCAGGACGCCCCAGGCCUGUCUGUGUGAAGGAGAGGCCAGCGUGCUCUGUGGCACCCAGCAGAGAGCUGGGCAAGUAGAAUUCACUUUGCUGUGAGGGUCCUGGGUGUUCCAUCCUGCUCAGCGAUCUCCCCAGAGCCCAUGUGCUGAGGACUCGGGACCUGCAGCUGUGGGAUGAGAGGCAGAGUGUCGCCAGGGCUUCAUGAGUGACAGCCGGUGCUGCGGUCCAGUUUCCAGCUGCCAGGUGACGCCACUGACCCUGCAGUUAGGACGAGGUGCACAGAGGUUGCAAGCCAGUGUGGCGGCCACAGCGCCUGCUGAGAAGCGGAAGCGGCCCCAGGAGGACAGAGGAUGUGGACACAUCUAGUGACGCAGACCUGAGUUUUGGGAGCUUGCUCAAGUGGGUUUCCAGCUCAGGUACCCACCUGCCUCGAAGGCAAGACACCACCCAAGAAAACAUUUGCUUACAAAUGCAUUGGGCUCCCACCAGGCACCUGUGCCACCCUAGAUGCUGGGAACGCAGCAUAACACAGGCACCUGCCCCAGCUGCUGACCACUGCGGCUGGCUAACAGCUCCCACGGGGCCAGUGUGGUGUUCCCAAGCCAGCCUCAAGCCCUCGAGAGCAAAGGGUGCUCACAGCCCUGGCAGGAAGGUGGUUGGGCUGGACGCUCCUCAAGAGGUAACAGAUGGCAGUUCUCAAUGAUGUGGCGACUUCUGCGCCUUGAAGCCUCUCUGGAGUUGCAGCCACGACGCACUGUGCUUCAGGAACCGCCAGGCAUCCGUUAGAGCACGCCACAGGUCGCCGCUGUGCUUGGGUUAGAAGUGGCUUCCCACCGUCUCUAACCGGAGUUGCUGACACAUGCCCUUUCCGCCACCUCAGCAGGGGCCGGUGCUGCCCACCUUCUCCAGCUGCAGCAGCGUUGCCCCAGGCCAGCAGAGGCCAGCCGCAGAGCCUCCUGGGGUCAGUGCCUUUCGUUGGCAGCGUGUCCUCAACAACUUUCUGAUUUCUUCCUUAGUUGUUGGUCCAUUAAGGAGAAAAAAUGAUGUCACCUAAUGCCAAAAUAUUUGAGGAGAUUCAGCAAAGCAGCAUGUUGGCACCGAAAACGCAAACCAGGAGCCAGGCAGGUGAGCUUGCUUUUCAGCUGUAGUGUUCCAUGUUGUUUUGAUGCUAAUGCAUUGAGAUAAACCAACAAAAUAAGCAGGAUAAGAGAGGAAGAAAGCAGCGUUGCCUUUGUUUUCAGACCUCGUUUUUGCAUACCCAGAAAGCCAAAUAGACGGAAGAUCGGGAGAUUGUUAAACCACCCUGAGCGUGAUAAAAAUGAGAAUGAAGAAACAUCCCAUUCAGAAUUUACCCCGAAAGGAAGAGGACCUCCACCGAAGGAAACGAUACAGCCUUACUGAAACAUCGAAAGAAUACCUGAGCACCAGAGAGGCUUAGCAUACUCCCGGGAGCACCGAAGUACCCUGUCGUCAUUUUGUGAAUGUGAUUCCAACCACACUCUCAAUAAUACUGCUUUCUGUUUCGUUUUGUUUUGAAAUGAACAUGAUGAUGUUUAAAUUCAUACGAAAAAAGAACAGGGCCAAAGGUCCAAGGCCAGUCAGCGUGAAACGACCGAUCAGCCCCCCUCGGGGUUGGAGAGGAGGAACCGCAGACUGAGAUCACGUGGCUACUGGGGACCAGGGAGAACGUCAGGAUACGGAAACUCCUGCGUGGCUGGCGGAGUGUGAAUUGGAGCAGCCACUGCCAGGAGCAAUGUGGUCUCCCCUCCUGGAGCUGUAGACACCCAGAUUCCUCCCCUGGGCAGUGCCACUCCCAGACAUGUCACCCAGCGGUGGCCCUUCUCACACUGGCCUGAGGACCCCUCGACACCCUUAAAAACCAUGAAAAGUGCCAAAGAGCUUUUGCUUAUGUGAGUUCUAAUGACUGAUAGUAAUACGCAUUAGAAUACCUUAUUAGAAAUUAAACCUGAGACAUUUGGAAAACCUGUAUUUAUUUCAAAAUAGCAAUAAACCCAUGUCAUAUUAACAAAAAUAACAAUUGUAUGAAAAAUAUAUUUUCCCAAACAAAAAGUUUUAGGGAGAAGCGUGGCGUAGUUUUACAUUGCGGGAAAUCUCCGGCUUAAGAGAAGCCCGCUGGCCUCUCAUGGAGCUCUAGGUCCAUCCGCUGUGGGGUGUUUUGGUCGUGAAGUAUAGGGGUAAAUGGAGAAGCUAAGCCUUACCCAGAUCUGUAUUUGAAAACAAAAGGAACAUGUUAGCAACUUUUGCAAAUCAUGGGGAUAUUCUUCCUUGAUCCUCUUCCAACACUGGACAGGCGGUGGUUUUUUUAAAGGCUGCUUGUGAUGUGGAAUCUGAAACCGCAUCAGUAUCAGUGAGAUUUCACUCGUUUCUGGAGAAGCCAUUGGUCCGUCUUGUGCUUCCAGGACUCCGUCCACCGUGCUUUCGUGACCUCACACACCGGGCGUUUGGUUCACCAAGUUAUGCGGAUCUUCCAAAUGCCGACAGUUCCUUAAUCAGUAUUUAAAAAUCGCUUUUGGUGAUGUCACUAAUCUUAGCAGAAAAGUCUUUAAGUUGGAAAGGUGGUGAGCUCAUGGCAGUGGAUAUACGAGUUUUUCAGAAUCCUGAUUUUUGCAUGAAAGCUUGAAUUUUAUUUGCUGUCAGCUAUUUUCUUUGAAUGCAACGGGCUCACUUUGUUCAUUUUC